AUGGCUGAUCAGGAGCUCAAGCAGUUCGCCGAAGAGGUCGAGCAGGUAAAGCAGUGGUGGAAGGCACCCCGUUUCGCCAACACCACCCGCCCUUACACCGCCGAGCAGGUCGUCUCGAAGCGCGGCACCCUCAAGCAGACUUACCCCUCCAACAUCCAGGCCAAGAAGCUCUAUGCUACCCUCGAGGCCCACGCCUCCAAGGGCACCACCUCGCACACCUACGGUGCCCUCGACCCCGUCCAGGUCACCCAGAUGGCCAAGCACCUCGAGACCGUCUACGUCUCCGGCUGGCAAUGCUCCUCUACCGCCUCGUCCACCAACGAGCCCGGUCCGGAUCUGGCGGAUUACCCCUACAACACGGUGCCCCUCAAGGUCGAGCACCUCUUCAUGGCACAGCUCUUCCACGACAGGAAGCAGCGCGAGGAGCGAACCCACAUGUCGGCCGAGCAGCGCGCCAAGACGCCCGUCAUCGACUACCUUCGCCCCAUUGUCGCCGAUGCCGACACUGGUCACGGUGGUCUUACCGCUGUCAUGAAGCUCACCAAGCUCUUUGUCGAGAAGGGAGCCGCGGGCAUCCACAUUGAGGACCAGGCGCCCGGUACCAAGAAGUGCGGUCACAUGGCCGGUAAGGUGCUGGUGCCCAUCCAGGAGCACAUCAACCGUCUCGUUGCCAUCCGUCUGCAGUACGACAUCAUGGGUGUCGAGAACCUCGUCGUCGCCCGUACCGACUCGGAAGCUGCCACCCUCAUCACCACCAACGUCGACGAGCGCGACCAUGCCUUUAUCCUCGGUACCACCAACACCAGCCUCGAGCCCCUGGUCGACAUUCUCAACCGUGCCGAGAACGAGGGUGCCGAUGGCCCCAAGCUCAUUGCUCUCGAGGACGAGUGGCUCUCCAAGGCGCAGCCCAUCCGCUACGGUGACGCUGUCGCCGCCGAGCUCGAGAAGAAGGGCAAGAAGGCGGAAGCUGAGAAGUUCCGCAAGGAGGUCAUUGGUCAGUCGCUGCUCAAGGCCAAGGCCAAGGCCAAGAGCCUGGGUGUCGAGGUUGCUUUCGACUGGGAUGCCUGCCGAACCCGCGAGGGCUACUACCGCUACCAGGGCGGCACCGACUGCGCCAUCAACCGCGCCAUCGCCUUUGGCCCCUACGCCGACCUCCUCUGGAUGGAGACCAAGUCGCCCAUCCUCGAACAGGCCAAGGAAUUCUCCGAAGGCGUCAAGGCAGCCCGGCCCAAGCAAUGGCUCGCAUACAACUUGUCGCCCUCCUUCAACUGGGACGCCGCCAAACUCUCCACCGAACAGAUGAAGUCCUACGUCUGGGACCUCGGCAAGCUCGGCUUCGUCUGGCAAUUCAUCACCCUCGGCGGUCUCCACUCCAACGCCUACAUCUCGGACCUCUUCGCCGCCGGUUUUGCGAAGGAAGGCAUGAAGGCCUACGUCGAGCUCGUCCAGAGGAAGGAGAGGGAGAUCGGUUGUGACGUGCUCACGCACCAGAAGUGGUCCGGUGCCAACUUUGUCGAUGCUUGCCUCAACACGGUGCUCAAGGCCGCGAGUACGAGCGCUAUGGGCAAGGGCGUCACCGAGACCCAGUUCAAGUAA